AUGAUGCUGCUUUCUCUUCAGUUGCCUAUCCCGCUAUUGGUGAUGGCGGUGCAACUCGUGCUGCUUAAACGAAUGCUGCGUGAUUGGUUGGGCCAGACUCUUCCUCUCUUUUUCACUCCCCCAUCCCUCCUCAAGGUUGGGAACAAGACGGAUAUGCCAAUGGCGUCUAUCAGAGAGUGGUUUCCUGGAUUGCUCUUUGAUCUCCACUUGGGUCAGCAGUUGAACUCGUUGCUGAAGACCUUUAAGCUGCUCUUGCUGACUUCCCGUGGGACUUUCCCUCGUCAACUGGGCUCCGAUCCUCUUUCUUUUCUAUAG